AUAAAGAUGAUAAGACAAACGAUCCCAUUUCUGAUACCCGAAGGCUUCGUUCUGGAUGAGUUUUAAUAACGACAAGAUGCUCAACAUGCUUCUUAGCUUCAUCGGGACUCUACUGGUCUUGAUGCCCGCAGCUCAUGCAUGGAAUUACAAGCAUGUCGGUAGCGUUCCCGUGGAGAAGGCCGCUUUCUCCUCACUUCAUAGAGUGGGCAGCACUGACAAAUUUGAUCUCUCUGUUAGUACGUUCAAGUCAGCAGUAAAAUAUGAUGUCGUGUACGUGUUCAGAGACGUCGGUGGUCAGCUGUUGAGUGGAGGAUCUUGGAACCCAGGAAAUAACCUUCAAAAAGAAGUCCUUGUUGACGGUUUACUUUGGCCAAAUGAAGUUGAGCCCGUCCCAGCAAAUGCGUUUGAAGGAGAUGAGAAGGAAUAUUGGUGGGUAGCCAACGGAUUCCUGGUUCCUGGUAAAGAACAAGGGAGCAUCGGACUCAUUGAAGCAUACGAAGCUGGCCAAGAUGGACGCUGUCCCUACCACAACUUGACCGAUAACGGGCAGGGUGAGAAAUGGUGGUAUCACCGGGUUUACUUCGUGGAUGCUGAUGGAGAUAACAAGCUAGAUAUGCUAACAGCUCGAGCCGACACCUCUGGACGGGGCGUACUUGCCGAGAUGGUCUAUUUUAAGCAACCAAGUUCCAAGCCACUCACCAGCACACCAUGGGAUGUGACCGUCCUCUUCGACGGGCCCGAUGCUCUCUUCCGGUAUGAGAAGAUGUCCGUCAACUCGGCCACACGACAUGCUAUCUUCAGCUGCCAAUACUUCGCCGAGAAACUGGUCGUAUCCUGGUCUGAUUCCAAUCCUCCUGAUUUCAAGAACAUGAACCACCGUGUCAUUGAAGAUAUAGUAGAUAAUCGAUAUUUCGAUGCAGAGAUUGUUGAUCUCAAUGGAGAUGGUAGGGAGGACCUCCUCGUAUCGAUUAAUAGCAUGACGAACGGUCAGUUGGUUGCCUUCGAGAUGCCCGAUAACUGGGCCACAGGUACAUGGACAAGACAUCUGAUCGCCGAAGGGUUCAAGCCUCAUGGCCCCAUUGUGACUGAGGGCAUGGGAUCUCCUGGUACAACAUUCACCUUUAAACCAGAUGCCUCCACUUUCACCAACAAACCUCAAAUCAUGCUGACAGGAGAUGAUGAUAGCAACAUCUACGUCUUCGAAAGCAUGGAUGACUCGGACCCAGCUAACUGGGAGUACUCCAAAACCGCCAUUUUCACUACUGCAACCGGAAAGGGGACCGUGGGCGCCCCAUCCGUCGGUGACGUCACUGGUGACGGGCUGGUUGAAGUCUUCGUGCCAGAGUACAGCGGCGACCUUCUUCAUGUACUCAAGUACGAGAGUUAAAGGAGAAUUAAAUCCUCAAAACCAGUCGAAUUCUAUAUAAUUAUGGAAAAAAAACGGAUCAAGGAUUGGUAAAAAAAAAUGACUGAAUAAUAAGAAAGUUAGCAUUUGAAUGUAAUAGAUCACCAAUGCUAUGGAGAUCCUCCCAUUGGCAAUGUGACCAGAAUCUGUGAUGUCACACAAUAAAUAUCGAACAGUCAUGACAAUGGACUAUAAUCAAUCGAUACAAAAAAAUAACAGAACUAACUGGAAAUAUAUAUUUAAUUUCCAUUUUUACACUGGGUCUGUUAGUGCCGCCACAAGCCCAUAACAAGUAAUUCUUUAUUCAUAAAAAUUCCCCUCAACAUCGGUUAAUAAAUCAAGAAUAUUAUUUCAAAGACUGGGUAUGUACUUAUAAACAUUGAU